AUGGACAAGAAACACCUUCAGCCAAAUUACUACGAUAUACUGGGUGUAGACCGCUCGGCAUCCACGGAAGACAUUAAAGCCGCGUAUCGCAAGCUCGUUUUAAAGCACCACCCGGAUCGUAAUCACGUUCAAACCAAAAGCUCCUCCGUCAGACAAAAAGAUGAAAAGGAUGCUGAAAUUGUGCACAUUAAUGCUGCAUAUGACCUAUUGAGUGAUGAUUCGAAUCGUGUUAAAUAUGACAUGGAGAUGUUUGGUGUAUCGGCGAUUCCGAAUUACAAUGAUCAUGGGAUCAAGGAAACUGGUAGCUACAAACCCAUGAGUUCACAAGAUGUGCACGAGAUGUUAGGAGGAUUAAAUACGUACGAACGUUUUACGACGGCCCAAUUUCAUCGACAUCGCUCCCAUAUCGCACCUUCUGCUAUCGGACGGAGAGCGACAAACCUUAUGGAGAGAAAACGAUUUCGUGCUGCCAAUUCGAAACUGCCGACUCAGUCUGUCUCAUUGGCGUGGCUGGCUUUUCCCAUUGCAUUGAUGGCGUUAUGGGGUGUUAACUUGAACUACGUCUCGAGUAAGAGGUUAUCACACGUCAUGGAACUAUUGCGUUACAUGGUCGUUCUGUUUAAGUUUGAGCUGGACUCUCAACAUCUUCAUGAGUUCCUACAAUGUUCUAGGAGUCUUGCUAUCUUGUUGCUUUGUAGCCAUUUGAACUUUGAUAUCGAUGUCAAUGUGAAAAACAGUUGCAGCGAAAGAAUUCGAAACGCGAUGUGGGAUGACGGUUUGAAUGACGAUAGCUUUGGUCAAAAAUGCAUUGAGAAUGUGCAAAUAGUAUAUAUAGAUGUAGGAAUUGUCAACUAUAAGACGGUGUACCUCAGCAAACGUUCACGAGAUAGUGUAAAGAAUUAA